AUGCCGUUACAACACUAUCACGAGCGGUAUGGACAUGGGUACAGAGAAACGGUGAAGAACGAGUUGCGGCAACGUUUCAUGAUUGCUCAGGUAGGCAGCGUCGUAUCCAAAGUGGCAAGAGAAUGUGUGCAGUGUAAAAUAGCAAAGAGUCGUCCGCGGUCUCCUCGAAUGGCUGCAUUACCGGUGCAAAGAUUAACUCCUUAUCUUCGGCCAUUCUGCUUCGUGGGCAUCGAUUAUUUCGGACCGUUGGCGGUAACAUCUGGGCGGCGAAGUGAAAAGAGGUGGAUUGUGUUAUUCACUUGUCUGGUAGUCGGGGCAGUACACCUUGAAGUAGCGCACUCAUUGACAACGCAGUCGUGUAUGAUGGCAAUAACUCGCUUCAUCUGUCGUCGUGGCCCGCCGUUAGAAGUAUUCUCAGAUAAUGGUACAAAUUUUAAGGGGGCGAGUAGGGAGCUGGUCAACGAAGUACGCAACAUCAACGAGAAUUGCGCAGGAGAAUUAACAUCAGCCCGGUUGAAAUGGAAUUUCAACCCUCCCGCGUCUCCCCAUAUGGGGGGAGUCUGGGAGAGACUAGUUCGUUCAACGAAAGAUGUUCUGAAGACCAUAGAUGAUGGGAAGAGACUGACAGAUGAAAUUCUGACGACUGCAAUUGCCGAAGCUGGGGAUAUCAUCAACAGCCCACCACUGACCUACGUCACAAAUGAAUCAGAUCAUUCGGAGGCUAUCAGCUCAAAUCAUUUUCUUCGUGGAGUUACACCGAAUGAACCAAGGUUCAAAACCUUUCCUACCAACACAGCGGCAGCUUUGCGGGAUUCCUAUCAGCGAUCGCAGCAGAUAGUAGAUGAGAUGUGGAAAAGAUGGAUCAAAGAGUAUGUUCCAUCAAUCAAUCAGCGUACUAAGUGGUUUGGUGAAGCGACAAAUUUGAAAAGAGGCGAUUUGGUGUAUAUUGUAGAAGGAGACAAGCGGAAGAGUUGGGUACGCGGAAUAGUAGAGGAACCAAUAGUUUCUGGAGAUGGCAGAGUACGUCAAGCCUGGGUACGUACCAACAGUGGUAUUCUGAAGCGGGCGACAGCGAAACUUGCGGUGUUCGAAAUCAAUGAAAGUGACGCUGGACCGGAAGCAUCGGACCAGGUUCACGGGGCGGGGCAUGUUGCGGUAAACCUGUAG